AUGGCCCUGCCACCAAAAGAGGAGCUACCUAGGGAGCUGCGGUAUAUCCAAUAUCAACAUAACCUUGAGUCGCAGUACCUACCUGCCAUUCGGUCGCUUAUUUCCAAAGAUUUGAGUGAGCCCUAUAGUAUCUAUGUCUACAGAUACUUCCUUUGUCAAUGGGCUCAUCUCUGUUUCAUGGCCGUGAAUCCAUCUGAUUUAUCUCUAGUCGGAGUUAUCAUCUGCAAGCUAGAGGUUCACUCCUCUCACUCUCCGCCAACCCGCCGAGGCUACAUUGCCAUGCUCGCAGUGCAGUCGUCUUUUCGCGGACAUGGAAUCGCAACUGCUCUCGUGAAACAGGCAGUCGAUGCAAUGACAAAACGCAAUGCCGAUGAGAUUGUCCUGGAAACUGAAGAGUCCAACAUUCCGGCCAUGCGACUGUAUGAACGUCUGGGAUUUCUACGGUCGAAAAAGCUGCAUCGUUAUUACCUCAAUGGCAACAGUGCUUAUCGACUUGUUCUUCCUCUCAGAACAGUUGACUAUGACGGCGCGCAGGAUUAUCUUACAGGCGAUGUCUCUUGA